UAUAAGGCGAAAAACUCCUCCAAGCUAAAGAAGAAACGCUGCAAAGACUGAAAAUGCAUAUUGAUUACAGCCAAACACUGAGGAUACACUGAUUUAAGAAGCCAGAUGUUAUGCGUUAACCAAAGGCUAUUAUAACUAAUUCUGGAUAAAUUUAACUGCACACGAGUGACUUAAACAUUGCACAGUUAUAAGGACUUUAAGGGAGUUAUAAAUUGAUGUAUUUGGGCACCGUGCAAGUGAAAGAUUUCUCCAUCCAUCUAAACAAACAGUACUCAUUGACUGAUCAGUCUGGAUUGUCUUAACCUUUAGUUCCAUGGUUCAUAUGUAAGGACCGUAAGCUCUGUACUGGAGCACUGGAGCCUGCCAUUUAAAAAGGAGAAUCUCCUACAUUCAAGUACCAGAUUCUUCAGGGUGAUGGUGCUUUAAAAUAUCAUUAAGGAUGAAACCAGCAUGGAGAUGUCAUCUGUAUUUUCUUGGACUAGUCAUAGGUCUAUGGCUUAUGGUUCUUCCCAACAGGACUACAGCCUGUCCCAAACUGUGUGCCUGCUAUGUACCGGCAGAAGUUCACUGCACUUUUAGAUAUCUCACCGUGAUCCCCAAACCGAUCCAAGCACACGUCGUACGCAUUAAUUUUGGUUACAACAGUGUGAGUAGGCUGGAAGAAAGGGACUUCUCUGGUCUGGAGAAGCUGGAAUUGCUGAUGCUGCAUAGUAAUGAGAUCCAAACAAUUCAUGAAAGCACCUUUAACGAUUUAUCCUCUUUACAGAUAUUAAAGAUGAGCUACAAUAAAGUAAAAUCCCUCCAUAAGAACACUUUUCAUGGUCUUAAAAAUCUGGUGAGAUUACACAUGGAUCAUAACAAAUUGGAAUUCUUAGACCCCGGAUCAUUCUAUGGACUCACAUCUCUUAAACUGGUCCACCUGGAAGGAAACCUGCUGAGACAACUUCAUACAGACACUUUUGUUACUUUGAGGUACAUACAGAUCUUUAAAACAUCAUCCAUAAAACAUGUUUAUCUAUCCAGCAACCAGUUAUCUUCACUACCUAAAGACAUGUUCUUGUACAUGAAUGAAUUGGAAGGACUCUAUAUUAAUGAAAACCCAUGGACGUGUGACUGUAACCUACAAUGGCUCACAGAUGGAUCACAUAAUUUUAAAGACCUGAUAAAAUGUAAGAAAGAUCGAUCUGGUCCACAAUGUCCUUUAUGUUCAAUUCCAAGAAAAAACAAAGGAAAGUCUCUAACAGACAUCUCAUCUCAAGACCUAAAUUGUAUAAAACCAACUAUAGAGAACAUAUACAAGAUAAAAAAUAUCACCACUGCAGAAGACAUAGGAUUUACCUCUAUAUCUGCCAAAGACUUUGUAGCACCCAUAGGCUCUCUUAUCCUAAAUAUGACUGACAAUUCUGGAAAUGAAGCAAAUUUAGCCUGCAGUGUUCAACGACCAACAAAAAUGUCUCAAAUGACAUUGGAUAUAAAAGCAGAAUACACAACAAUGAGAACUACAUUUUCUACCUUUCUUGUAUGCAGCAUUGAUUAUGAUCACAUUCAAAAAAUAUGGGGCAUCCUAGCUAUGUACAGUGAUUCUCCCAUGAAACUGAAAAAAGACCUAUUGCUUACAAAGGCACCCUACAUUAGUUACAAAUACAGACAAUACUCAUCAGAUGAUGAGGUCUUUACAGACAUUGAUGCAGAACUCAGAGCGGAACCAAGCUGGCUUAUGCAGGACUCAAUGACGUUACAGUUAGACAGGACAGCUACGACUCUAAGUACAUUGCAUAUUAGGUAUUUGUCAGAUAUGUAUCUCAAAAUACCAAAGACCACUGAGAAGCCAAUGAAAGGUGACUGGGUUAUGAUUGUUAAAACUAACCAAACAAAGACAGAAUAUUCUGCAGUGAUUGGGGGAACUGUGGAAAUGGAUUGCCAUGUAUUGGGUGAACCCACUCCUGUUAUUGAGUGGGUCCUUCCUGAUGGAAGUAAGCUUAGAGCUCCAUAUGUAAGUGAAGAAGGAAGGAUAACCUUAACAAAAGGUGGAAAAUUUAUGCUGAAGGCAGCGGACAGUUUUGAUACUGGAGUUUAUCACUGUAUCGCAACAAAUUAUCUUGAUGCUGAUGUGCUUUCUUUUAGAAUUACAGUGGUCAGUACUGAUGUGGAAGAAGACAGUGUCAAUGGUGCAGAACUUACAGUGAGUCAUGGGGAUGAACUCUUUCUUCCUUGUGGAUCAUUUGGUAUACCUGAUGCAUCUGUGAGCUGGAUUUUACCAGACCAUUCUGUGCUGCAUGACACAUCGCGGAACAAAAUUAUUUUCCACAAUGGAACGUUAAAAAUACAUGAUGUAACACAGAGAGACAGAGGGCAUUUUAGAUGCUUAGCAGCUAAUCAGUAUGGUAUUGACACGCUUAUACACAAGGUAACAGUUGAAGAUGAUAGAAAAAUCAAAAUACUCAAUGAGAAGUUACAACUCGACCACAAUGAAGAUGAAAAUGAUGAUGGGUCUACCAAUGAAGAUAUUGAAGAAUUUAACAUUCAUUCUGCAAGAGGAAAAGCCAUCACUCAAAGAAAAAUUCCAAGAAGAUUCCAGUGGAGAGAAAAAGUAACUACAUUGGAGGACACAGAAAAUGGCCACAAUGGAGUUCAAAGACGAACCAAAAUUAACAAACGGAUUAGAGGAAACAGACGUCCAUUCAUUCAAAGUUCAAGAAAAAUUGACCCCCAACGCUGGUCAGAAAUUUUAGAAAGGACAAAACAGAAUUCCAUUAACAGCAAAAAGGAAAUUCAGGAGGCAAAAAUUCUGGAAAAAGAAGAACAGGAUGUAGAAAGGGUGUCCGGCGAGGUGGAAGAAGCAUCUGGAGAAGAACUACUCCCAGUAAAAGAAACGUUUUUGAUAUUAACUACAAAACAUCCAGCAGUAAAUAUAUUAAACAUGGCAACAUCAAAGACAGUGACAGAUGUUAAAACAACACCUUUGCAGACAACAGAAAACUACAUUUUUACACUUCAAAAAAACACAGAAGACGAAAUAACUUCCUUGGCAUCAACAACAAUUAGAGAUCUUACUUUAGGGACAACUCUGGAAAAAACUGAGCAGUCUCUUGAUACACUUACAGAUAUUGCAUUGAAGGAUAUUCAGGAAGCACCAACAACAUACAGCUUGUUAAACAGCCCUUCAAUAGAUAUGCUUGCACAGCCAAAAGUCAGUUCGAGUAUCUUAUAUACAACACCUACAGUAGUCAGGACCAUCACUGAAUUGACCCCCACAAAGAGUAAUCUACAGGUCAAUCAUGGGUUAACAACAGUGUUUAAUUCAGUAACCACAGCACAAAGUGUUAUUACUAAUCCAACAACUAAAACUCCACACAACAUAGUGACCACUUCCCCAACAACAGCUGAAUACAUGCAUCCCAUGUCUCAACCAGAUACUGCAGACCAAUCCACAACAAUAGAUUACAUGUAUGUUACCCAACAAGGCACCCAGAGUAGCCUAUUUACUACCUCUAGUUAUUUGGAUAUUUCUUCAGAAGAUGUUAUGAGUCACCCACCUUCAAAGUUCAGUCAUAUACUUCACAAUGCAAGUGUUAGACCAACAUUCACACCCAAUGACUUUUCGACAACUUCACAGAGUGUUUUAAUGAAACAACAAACCACUAACAAAUAUUUACAUAUAACUUCCAAAAGUGCUCCAAGUAAAACUCAUAGCCAGACACAUUUUCCAAUUACUAUGUCUGAAGAUAUUUCAAGUAGAAGUCCACCGACUUAUAGUCCAUUAUCUUCAAGAAAUAUCACCAAUCCAUCAUCAUACCAUGAAGAUAAUAUGUCUAAUACAGUUACAAAUCCUAAAGUGCUAUUAACAACUCAAACACAUGAUCCAGGUACUGUUCCUAUUUUACCAGCCAACUAUGACCCAGAUACCACUCCAGAUAGAAUGGACAGUGUGUCAACCACUACAGCUAAUCCAACAUUAAGGGAAAUGCUACAAUCCCAAGCAAUCCCUUUGUUAAAGUCAGAAGAACAUAGAACACAUCUCCCUUAUGUUUCAAGUUUCAAAGAUGGAUUUAAUGAAGGAAAUAUUUUGACUUUUGAUUCUUCAACUAAGGCAAGUACCAAAUUGUUUUUAUCACAAACUGAAAUUGGCCCUAUAUAUAUUAAAAAUACACAAAAAAUAAUCUCACCCCAACUGCCAGCAGGGUCCACAAUCAUUACCCAUCAACAGAUUCAGAUAGUAAAAAAUGUAACUCCAUUAGAACCCAGCAUAAGACGUUAUGGCCGAAGGCGAAUUUCUGGAAAAAGACGAAUUAUUAGGCCAGAAAGGAUUCCAAUUACUAGAGUUCACAAAUAUAAACUUGGAACGAAUGAUUCAAAAGACUAUGCACAUAGCAUCAUUGACCAAACAACAAUUUCAGAGCUCAGUAAAUACUUUCCCACUACAUAUUUUCCACAUACUAUUCCAAAUGUGCCCACUACGGCAAAUCCCCGUAGUAUUUAUGGAAAAGAGACAAAUGCUCCUCUUGGUUCAACAGCAGACAAUACAAACAUAGCCCUAAUUAGUACAUUGCCCUUAAAGUCAACAACACAAGUAAUGAGUACAACAAAAGAAAAUACAGGUAGUGCCUCCCCCAAUUCAAAUGGCUCGUCUGCUAUAUUGCUUAUUACUGCACCACCAGAUACAGAUAAAGCAUCAACCAGCAAUUUUAUUUCAUCCUCACAAUCAGCCAUGGCGACAUACAGUACACCCCAAGAAAAGAUAGGCACAAGAAGUAAUAUUAUCUCUUCUUACAAACCUACUACUCUGAAAAUACUUGAAGACAUUAGUGACAAAUUGGUAAAUUUGGAUAGUCACCAAACUAAUGCUCAGCACAGGCAAAACAUAGCAACUCAAACACCAACAACAAUACCCACUAUGAAAAAUAUAGAAUAUAUUCACACCACAACUCCGGAAAUCACCACAAAAAACAGAGCUCCAACUAGAAUGCUAAGGAGGAAAAUUCCUUGGCAUAGGUUGUAUGGAAAAAAUAAUCUAAUUCACAGAGAGAUAGUUAGGAAACUUCGAAAAAAUACUCAACAGGUGUCCACAGUUACUACACCAAUUACAACUACAGUUACUAAACCAAUUACAGCUAUUCCUUUGACAAGUCCAAGUAGGUUUGCACACCAAACUACCACCACACUGAAUACUGUGACCAGCAGCCCUUUCAUUAGAACUGAGGGUACUUUAGCACCAAGAACUAAUACAAUAGCCUAUCUUACACUUUCCAGUCCUCUAACACCAUCCGAAGCGACGACUAUUGAACCAACUGCAAAUACUAUGUUAACUAUGACAAUUCCAAUAUCAUUCAGUGCAGCAACCAUAACAAAACAGAGGUUCUUAAAAAGAAAAAGGCCACGGAAGAAGAAUACUUUCAGUAAUUCAGUAUUUUCGAACACUUGGAAGCCAUUACCAAAACACCACAUAUCAAAUCAUACCAAAUCUAUCCUUAAACCAACUAUUUUUAAAAACAGCACUUUGGAUUCUCUGGAGAGUAUCGCUAAAACAUAUUCAGUUACCCAACAUCCACAACUUUAUGUUAGUACAAUCACAGAUGAACAAACCACACCAUUGUCGAGUGUAGUCAAUGACAUCCUGCUAACCACUAAUAAAAAGUUUUCCUGGAGUAAAAAUCCAAGUACCUCAAAAACAUUAUCACAACCACUAUCUAAAAUUAAUAAAUUGACUAGUUUUUUACCCACUUUAAUACCCUCUACAUAUUCAGAAUCUGAAAGUAAUUUUAUAACCACAACUCAUCAACAAGAUACUUCCUCUAAAUAUAAACAUGUGGCUAGUCAAUUUAACAAAAAGGCAACAACUCUGAAAUCAGGCAUUGUUAAAAGUACCACAUCACCAGCUGUAAAAAGGAGAAAAAUGACUAGCAAUAUAUCUGAUUUAUCACCAAUAUCAAUCCCAGGGACAGCUCAACCCCUGACUGUCCUUGCAAAGAAAACAACCAAUUAUAACUUGGAAAACAGAUCACAAAUGAAAUCAGAUGGCACAGUGACUAUGCCAAAAAACACUUCAACUGAAUUGAAACCAUCUACAAAUGGCAUGCCAUCUCAUACUUUAUCUAAUAGCGAAGACAAAAGAGGUCUGCAAGAAAUUAAAGAAAGUCUGGAAACAACAACAAUUGGACUUCAGAAUCUAGAACCUACUUCAAAUGAUGUCCCAUCAAAGCCUAAGAUUAUUGGGGGGAAAGCUGCAAGUUUCACUGUCUUGGCUAACUCCGAUGCCUUUAUUCCUUGUGAAGCUGUUGGAAAUCCAGUACCUAUGGUAUUAUGGACAAAGGUAUCAUCAGGAAUGUUUGUAUCCAAAACGCGAAGGGGAAACAAAAUGGAAGUUUUUGGUAAUGGAACGCUAUCCAUAUUAAGUGUUAGUCUAAAUGACCGUGGGCAGUACCUAUGCGUGGCCACCAACAAGCAUGGAUCUGACAGGUUACUAGUCACACUUUCAGUUAUAACUUAUCCUCCAAAGAUUCUACAGGCCAAGUCAAGAGAAAUUACUGUGCACUCUGGAAGUUCUGUAAAUAUAAAAUGCCAGACUGAAGGCAGACCUUUCCCCACCAUUACCUGGAUAUUGGCAAAUGAGACCAUUGCCUCUGAUUCAUCCAUAAAUAACCGGAAAGCAUUUGUAGACCCAGAUGGAACUCUUACAAUCAAAGAAAUUACAAUAUAUGAUCGUGGGAUGUACAAGUGUUUAGCUACCAAUAUAGCUGGAGUUGAUACUUCUACAGUAAGGAUCCAAGUGAUUGCUGCUCCUCCUGUAAUUUUGGAGACUAAAAGACAAACAGUUCUAGCUUUUGCAGGUGAAAAUUUAAAGCUCCCCUGUACAGCUAAAGGAAAUCCUCAUCCUACUGUUCAUUGGGUAGCGUUUGAUGGCACAAAGGUGAAACCAUUACAUUAUGUUAAUGCCAAACUCUUCCUUUUCUCCAAUGGAACUCUUUACAUUAGAAAUGUGGCCUCAACAGACAAUGGAAAUUAUGAGUGCAUCGCAACCAGUUCUACUGGUUCUGAAAGGAGAGUUGUCACUCUCAGGGUGGAACAAAGAGAUACAAUUCCCCAAAUAAUCCAUGCUUCACAAAAAACUAUAGAGUUGAAUUUUGGAGAUAAGCUGUUGUUAAACUGUACAGCAACUGGAGAGCCAACACCAAGGAUAAUGUGGAGACUUCCAUCAAAAGCAGUGGUCGAUCAGUGGCACAGAAUGGGAAAUCGAAUUAAAGUGCAUCCAAAUGGCUCCCUCUUGAUUGAUUCUGUGACUGAAAAGGAUUCUGGUGACUAUUUAUGUGUAGCAAGAAAUAAAAUGGGUGAGGACUUAAUAUUAAUGAAAGUCAGUGUAACCAUGAAACCCGCAAAGAUCAUUCAAAAACAACACCUCAACAAGCAAGUACCUUAUGGGAAGGACUUCAAGGUGGAUUGCAAGGCAUCAGGCUUACCAUUGCCAGAAAUAACAUGGAGCUUACCUGAUGGCACAAUAUUAAAUAACGUACUUCAAGCUGAUGAUAGUGGAAGGCGGAAACGCAGGUAUGUCCUAUUUGAUAAUGGAACAUUAUAUCUCAACAAGGUAGGCAUGGCUGAGGAAGGAGAUUAUACUUGCUAUGCUGAAAAUACAUUGGGGAAAGAUGAAAUGAAAGUACAUAUAAAGGUGGUAACAGCAGCCCCCCGCAUCCAGAUGAAUCACAAGACACUGUAUGCUGCCAGAGCAACAGAAAGUAUAGAUUUGCAUUGUGAGGCUAUUGGAGAACCCAAGCCAAAAAUAUUUUGGUUGCUUCCAUCAAGUGAUAUGAUAGCAACAUCUCAUGACAGAUAUGUGUUGUAUGAAAAUGGAUCUUUAACAAUAAAUCAACUCAUCUUAUUGGACGCAGGGGAAUAUAUGUGUGUGGCACGGAACCCUGCUGGAGAUGACACUAAACUGCUUAAGUUGGAUGUUCAGUCCAAACCGCCAAUUAUAAAUGGUUUAUAUACAAAUAAGACUAUUAUUAAGGAUACUGCCUUAAAGCACUCCAGAAAGCUAAUUAACUGCAGGGCAGAAGGUAAUCCACCUCUUCAAAUUAUGUGGAUCAUGCCAGAUAAUAUUUAUCUAACCGCCCCAUAUCAUGGGAGUCGGAUAAUUGUGCACAAGAAUGGUACAUUGGAAAUUCGGAAUGUACGGCCCUCAGACACGGCAGAAUUCACCUGUGUUGCUCGUAAUGAUGGUGGUGAAAGUAUGUUAGUGGUGCAGCUGGAAGUAGUAGAUGUGCUUAGAAGGCCCAUGUUUAAAAAUCCAUUUAAUGAGAAAAUGAUAGCUAAGCCAGGCAAAAUGGCAAUACUGAAUUGUUUUGCAGAUGGAAACCCUGCUCCAGAAAUCUCAUGGCUUUUGCCAAAUGGCACGCGAUUCAUAAGUGGGCAAAAGGUGUCUAAAUAUCAUGCAGGAAGCAAUGGAACCCUCAUUAUUUACAGCCCAACAAAAGAUGACACAGGAAAAUAUCGAUGUGGUGCCAGAAACAUAGUGGGCUACAUUGAGAAGCUCAUUAUUUUGGAAGUUGGCCAGAAGCCUACCAUUCUUACACAUCCUAGAGGACCCAUUAAGAAUAUAAUUGGAGAGACGUUAUCUUUACAUUGUCUUUCUGAUGGAAUACCUCGGCCUAGUGUAAUCUGGACACUUCCUAGUGGAUAUGUUGUAGACAGACCACAAGUCAAUGGAAAAUACGCAUUGCUUGAGAAUGGAACCUUAGUCAUUGAAGAAACAACAAUACAUGAUCGAGGGAAUUAUCUUUGUAAAGCCAAGAAUUAUGCAGGUGAGGCAUCUAUCAGUGUGCCUGUCAUGGUUGUAGCUUACCCACCUAGGAUUACAAACAAACCUCCACAAAACAUUCACACAAGAGUAGGAUCUGCUGUACACCUCAACUGUGCAGCUAUUGGCAUCCCAAAACCUGAGAUAACAUGGGAAUUACCAGAUUUAUCUUUAUUAUCUACAGCAAGCAAAGGACGCCCCUCAGGCACUGAACUACUCCAUCCGCAGGGCACAUUAGUUGUACAGAAUCCAAGAAGCUCUGAUACUGGUAUGUACAAAUGUAUAGCUAAGAAUCCCCUUGGAACAGAUACCACAACAACAUACUUAAAAGUUAUCUGAGAAGAGAACAACGGAGAUUAAAAACACUAAGCUUUCACUCCAACGUGUUUCAAAAAAAGCUGAAGGAAAAAAAACUAUUCAGAAUUUUGGUGUUUAAAAUUACAGACUUGCUAUGUUUGUACAAGAGACAUUUUUGCAUUCAUAGUUCAUCAUUAUUAAUAGUAACUAUGCAAGCUAAAGACUUCUAUUUUAGGCACUUUUUAUCCCAUUUAAAAGUAAUAAAACU